AUGGGUUCUGAGCGUGAGAACAAGACGUUCCUCGCGAGGCUCUGCGAGCAGGCCGAGCGCUACGAUGAAAUGGUUACCUACAUGAAGGAAGUCGCCAACAUUGGCGGCGAGCUCACUGUCGACGAGCGCAACCUGCUGUCCGUCGCCUAUAAGAACGUUGUCGGCACCCGCCGGGCCUCGUGGCGCAUUAUCUCCUCUAUCGAACAGAAGGAGGAGUCCAAGGGCUCCGAGGAGCACGUCACUAUCAUUCGUGAUUAUCGCCAGAAGAUCGAGACUGAGCUGGAGAAGGUCUGCCAGGAUGUCCUCGACGUCCUGGACGAGUCCCUGAUCCCCAAGGCCGAAACCGGCGAAUCCAAGGUUUUCUACUACAAGAUGAAGGGUGACUACCACCGCUAUCUGGCUGAGUUUGCCUCUGGCGGCAAGCGUAAGGAUGCUGCCACUGCGGCCCACGAUGCCUACAAGAAUGCCACCGAUGUUGCUCAGACCGAUCUCACUCCCACUCACCCCAUUCGUCUUGGCCUCGCGCUGAACUUCUCCGUCUUCUACUAUGAGAUCCUCAACUCGCCUGACCGCGCCUGCCACCUUGCCAAGCAGGCCUUCGACGACGCCAUUGCUGAGUUGGACUCCCUCUCCGAGGAGAGCUACCGUGACAGCACCCUCAUCAUGCAGCUCCUGCGGGACAACCUCACCCUCUGGACCUCGUCUGAUGGUAACGAGGGUGAGGCUGCUCCUAAGGAGGAGAAGCCGGAGGGCGAGGCCGCUGCCACCGAGGCCCAGAACGAGCAACAGCCCGAGGAGGCCAAGCCCGCUGAGGCUGAGUCUUAA